GACUUUCGUAAAAGGAAGGAAACGCGUCUAUAUUGUACUGUAAGUCUCUCAACCUUGAAGUUUAACUUCAGUAUUACAAUGGCUGAAAAGGGUUUCUCAUAUAAACUCGCUAUCAUUUUCACCACACUCCUUGUGGUUAUUGCUGCUUGCUCCACGAAAAUUCAUGUGAUGGCCCUAAGAGAUCUACCUAAAGAUGUAUUACCAAUUGCGACGAAACUAUUUCAAGAACGAUAUGAUGCAACUUGUGGGAAACCUUGUAAUACCAGGGACGAUUGCUCUGAGGGUUGGCUCUGUAGUGAAUGUUAUAAUUUUGGAAAGGCCUGUGGGCCACUUGUUGGUGAUGCUAUUAUGGGCAUAUGAUUUCGGUAUUACUUCUCCUUCCGACCUUCCAGAGCACCGGACAAGUUGCAGACUUUAUACAUCGUGUUACCUCGUAUUAACAGAGUAACAUAAUCCUGCGUCUCUAAUAAAUAAGUAGUCGCUAGCAAUCCAGUGCUGUUCUUGUAAUUGUUGUUGUUGUGUUGUUUUUGUGUCUCUUUUGUCUUCGAAAUUGUCUGUACUCUUGUUUUCAACUUUUAGUCACUUAUAAGAUAAAUAACAAGUGACGAAAGUGUCGUUCAAGAAAAAAAGUAUGAUGGACUGAUCAAAACCUCUGCAGGUUAAGAAAAAAAAUAAAAAAUUUGCCGUUGUUGAUCUGAUCAAAUAUAGCAUGUGUGUGUAAUGUGUUCAUCAAUUAAAUAAAAGAAGCAUAGAACGUGUGUGAUAUAUAUUUCCUA